UUAUUGUUCAAUACUGGGAGCCGUAAUGAAAAGAGAACCAAAGAGGAAGUAAUUGAGCAGUAAGAGAAGAAGCGGCUAAGCAGAGUAAGAAGAAGAAAUGAUAAUGAGUUGUGUUGGUUUCGCACCAACUCUAUCAUCAUCAUCGUUUUGUUCUGAGGCUAAGUUGCGGCAACACCAACACCAACUUCAACCAUCUUCGCUUUCCUUUUCAUCUUCAUUUCCCUCUCUUCCCAUCUCAACAACCACUCUCUCCCCCUCAACAACAAACCCCCCCAAUCCCAACGGUUCUUUCAUUCGAGCUGCCUGGACCCGAAGAUCUCGAGGUGAAGCUGAAAAGAGACCCAGCAGGAAAUCAUGGAAGCGGAGAACUGAUAUGUACAUGAGACCAUUUUUAUUAGAUGUUUUCUUUUCAAAAAGAUUUGUUCACGCAAAAGUGACACACCGAGGAACAAGCAAAGUGAUAUGUGUUGCUACCACAAACGCCAAGGAUCUUCGAAACUCUCUUCCUUCCUUGACUGAUCCUGAAGCUUGUAGAGUAGUUGGAAGGCUUAUUGCAGAGCGAUCAAAGGAAGCUGAUAUAUAUGCAAUGGCAUACGAACCGAGAAAAAAUGAAAGGAUUGAAGGUAGACUAGGAAUCAUUCUUGAUACUGUUAAAGAAAACGGGAUUGUUUUCGUUUGAGCCCAUCCUUAUCGACUUGGGUUGUUUUUGGUGUAGCCUACUUGUAUGGAUUGUUAUGUUAUUACAAAUUUUAUUGAAAUGUUUAAUGCAUCUUCUUGGCAUUAAUUUGCUCCUUGAUGAAUUA